AUGUUCGACAAGUUUUUACGACGUGCCCCUGAAAAGCCCAGCAUGUACUCUGCUCUCCGACAAGGUAGCGACUCAACCGAGGAGCGAUUGCCCUUGUCAGGAAAUGAGGAUUAUCACGAUGAUAUUCAAUCAAAGGAGAGCACAUCUGAAAACGGAUACUAUAAUGAAAAACCCACUGCGUCAAGAUCUAGGUGGAAGGCUGUGUGCUUUCACCUUGCACUCAUUAGCAUCUAUUCAAUAGCCUUUAUCGGCGCAAUUUACACGACAGCUACAUCGAAAAUUACGGGAAGGCAGCAACAUAGUGUUUACUCCCCUCUACACGAGGCUAUUGAGAUGGAGCCAAAGAUGGUUCACGCUUCAUUUGCCAACAAAAAUCCGUUCAAAGGCCCGCCAUCGGAUGAGCUUGACCACGCAUGGCACCAACUAUUUAUCAAUUCCAAUGUUCGUGUGACGGCCGAUGAUCUGGCCCAGAUCAAUAAAACCUCCGUCCCGGUUACGGAUGACAAGGGAGGAUUCUAUGCGAUUCCAGAUGUUUAUCAUCAACUUCAUUGUUUAAAAUUCCUCCGGCAAGUUAUUUACAAAGACUACUACAACAUUGAGAAGCCAACUACCCCGAUUCACAUUGACCACUGCAUCGAUAACCUCCGCCAAAACCUCAUGUGCAAGGGGGACGUAUCGUUAGUUACCUUUUCCUGGGUCGACAACGAUCGUGCCCCCAAGCCCAACUUCGAAGUUGAGCAUGAGUGCGUGAACUGGGAGAAGAUGGACAACUGGGCAAAGGACCAUCGGUUCGAUAUCUUUGACGAGAAGACUCUUGUACACCCUUCGCUAGGCCCCUCCUUCCCCGAGGCAGAAUACAAGGCAACGGGCAGAGUGCCUGGACAUCCGGACUUCCGUCCAAAUCAUUUUGACCAUGAUAGCGAUCAUAUCAACCAUAACGAUCAUUCCUGA